CAACGCCGGGCAGUCACCAUGUCGACGUCGGCGAAGAGAGCUGUGUACGUUUUCUCUGUCGUUCCUAGACUGGCACAGCUAGUUCAAGAGGCUUUACCAGAUGUUGUCGUGAUUAAUAUCAAGCCUGAAGGGCAUGUUGCAGGAGAGCAGACCAAAGCUGUAGAACAACUCAAAGAGGCUGAAGUCCUCUUGGCAGACAACAACUUUAUUGCACAGAUAACUCACCUGCUCCCCAAGCUCCAGUGGGCCCAAGGAACAUGGGCAGGAGUUGAGGGACUUGUUGAUUUUUUUAGGGAUAAGCCAAAGCCAAAUUUUCCAAUCACUCGUAUGGUUGGGGAUUCCUUCGGUCAGCUUAUGGCAGAAUAUACAGUUGGUCGCAUCAUAAGUCAUGAGCGAGACUGGUUUGAGUGUCAUCAAAACCAGAUGAAAGGUUUGUGGCUUCAUGAGAAGAAGAUUCAUUACUACCGAAGUAUAGAGGACUUGGUAGUUGGAAUACUAGGAAUGGGAAACAUUGGAAAAGAAGUUGCAAGAUGCCUCAAAGCAUUCCGAUGCACUGUGCACGGUUACAGCCGCUCAGUUCCAAGUAAUGAGAAUAGAUGUGGUAGUGUUGAUAAAUACUGGCAUACUGGAGAGCUUUCAUCCCUGUUGAAGGAGUGUGAUUAUGUUGUAAAUAUCAUGCCAUCAACACCUGAGACAAGAGGAAUGCUUGGGGGAGAUAUCUUGAAGGAUGCAAAAGAUGGAGCUGUUCUCAUUAACAUUGGCCGUGGAGACCUCAUAAGUGAAGCAGACCUGAUCAGGAGCCUUGACUCUGGGUGGUUGUCAGCAGCCAUUUUGGAUGUUUUUGCCAAGGAACCUUUAUCCUCGGAAAGUCCCCUGUGGAAGCAUCCAAAAAUUGUCAUCAGCCCCCAUACUGCAGCGACGUUCAUAUAUCGUUCAGAAGAGAUUACCAAAAAAUUCAGUGCAAAUUACCAGCGAUUCAUUAAGAAGGAACCACUAAUAGGGGCAGUCGACUGGAAUAAAGGCUAUUAGCUAAGAGUAAAGUACUCAUUGUAGGAUUGGCAGGAUUAGAAUUAUUACACUGUGCCUUUUCAGUAAGUCAGGAUAUUCUUCAUCAUCAUCUCAUUUUUCUUAUUCUUUUCCUUCUGUUUUGUCAGGUUUAGAUUUAUUGUAUGGUGCCUGCAGAAUAAGGAUUUCUCUCUCUUUCUGUCUCUCUUUCUCUCUCUCUCUCUCUCUGUCUCUCUCUCUCUCUCUCUCUCUCUCUCUCUCUCUCUCUCUCUCUCUCUCUC